ACCAACAGGAAGAGCCCUUAGCAAAAGCCCCCUCUUCAGCUCUGUAUAAGCCUCUAGACCCUGGGGAAAUUGAUGAGAAGCUUUUAGAAGAUGCUACCAAAAGCAACGCCCAAUGCCAAAGUCCCACACCAUCUACUCUUGGGGGUAUGCCACAGAUUUUUGGAAGAUAUAAUCAGCAGACUUUUAUCUAACAUUCUCCCUCCCACCGCCAGCACAUCUUCCUCCACAGAAAAGAAAAUGCAGAAUUUGACUUGGCUCACAUGAAGGUAAUCAGUAAAGUUGGGGCAAAAAUCUCUGAAGAUGAGAACUCUUCUAGCCAGCAUAUUGAACAUCCGCAUUCCAGGGAGGAUGAUAUGAUUCAAACACUUGCUGAUUCAGUCUAUAACAAGCUUUUGACACAGUUUCAAUCCAAAUUCAACAUGCAGAACUGUUUAAGAAGUGGGUGCAUGAUUAUUUCUGAAGCUCUUUGUGACUUGGUCUUCCAAGAGAUUUCUGGGAAUCCAUUGCAGAACUCUCUUUCUGGAGAAUUACCACUCCACUGUUGUGCUGAAGCUGACAAUAUUGUUCAAAAUACACUAAGAGAUGUUACUGAGCCUUUGGAUAACCCAAACAGCUUAUCAUCAGAUCUUAGUAAAAUAGUUCCUCUUAUCAUAGAAAAACCAGCAGCAAAUCUUUUGUCAACAUUUACUUCCCUCUUUCCCAUUGUGGAUUUGGCUGCAGAAAGGACUUUGUUACUGAAUGAUGCAACUAGAAAAAUACUAUAUGCUUUGCAAGUUCUCCUGUCAAAACAUCGGAUGAACAUGAAUGAACAUAUUGGUGAAAGAGAAUUUUUACACACUGAAGACAGCCAAACUAUGGGAGACCUGUUCCCUUCAGUUUGCACAAGCAUGGUAGAUCAUUUUGAUUCUGACAUUUUUGUUCGCAGAGACCUAACAAAUAGGAAAGAUAUUUUAGCUCAUAGGAUAGCAACUUCAAUAGCAAAAGAAGUUGCCAAACCUGAAUUUCAAGCCAGUUCAGAGAAGGAGACAUUGCCUACUUCAUCUUCAACAACAGAAGGUGUUAGGAUUCUUGAAAAACUCCCUAUUGAUCUUGGCAUGAUAAAGAAGAUUACAAAACCAGCUUUAAACCCACAUAUUCCUGUGGUGUCCAUGACAUUUGUGGAAGAAAUAUUAAGUAGAUUCCUGUCAAAAGUCUUUAAGUUCAACUGAUGACAGAAGCCCAAAGUACAGAAGAUGUUCAUCAAGAGCUGAAGUGAAUGACAUUGCUGAAAAACCUUAAACAGGCCAUGGAACAAGGCCUCUCCAAACAUAAAAUCAGCCUUGUGGCAGCUACAGAUGAAGAACAACAUCUACCAACAAAAUCUGGAUCUGAGCAAGACCUUUAUGAUGAUGUAACAGGUUUCAGUGCACUUUUUCCUCAAGAAGUGGCUGCUAUAAUAACUGAGGAACUCUCCAGUUGUCCCUUUUUACAGGCUGUUAGUGACAGUCCACCAGCACUGAGCCAGGGUGUGAUGAACCCAGACAGAAUUGCUGACAAAGUUCUUUCCCAAGGGUCUGCUAGUGCAAAGCCUAAGACAGGGAGCUCUGAAAAGGCAAUCCCAGGUUCAAGUGCAAAUGAGACCCCAACAGAGACAAAGGAGCUACCUGUGAAAAUAAUCCCUCAUAUUAGAAACAAACAUGCACCCAUUGCUCCAGGCUUGGUGCCUGAUCAUUUAUGAGUUAUUUCCAUAAAAACAAGCCACUUGAGGAACUGCAAGAAGCAUUCAUUGGUCAAACUGGGGAUGGCCUAAGAGACCUAAGUGCAUCAUUAGCUGAGAAGUGUCUUGAAGAUGGAAGUUUGAGAUCUGAGGCACAAAGAAAAGUCAGUCAUUUCUCUCUAGGUAGCACGGGACAACCAGUUGUAAGACCAGGGGAGGUAAGUGGAAACAAUAAGGCAGGGGCAGUCCUGUUUUGAAUGCCAUUUUGCUUCUAAUUGGAUCUUUUGUUAAGACAUUCAUGUAGCAUUGAAAGCUCACCUACUAUGAAUGCUGAAUGCUCUUAUAAAGGUGGUGGACCAUCUCCUAGAGAGCCUGCAGUGGGCCAUCAGUGUGGA